AUGCCUGUUCGGCGUUCGCUUUUCCACAACUUAAGGUUACUGCGCAUCAUCAGCAAGAGCCAGCCUAAUCUACGGCUCUUUGUACGUGCACAGCGCAAGGUCUUUUCGGGAGACCUGGAAGGGGUAAGUCUUCUCGAUGAAAUCGCUCAGCAGGCGAAAGUCUCCGACAAGCAGGUGGAGCUCCAGGAAGUGCCGAAAGAAGAGGCACGCCUGGCAGAAGUCGUCAUUCAAGUUUUCGACCGGUACCUGUCCAAGCGGGACAUUUGGCACUUGCACCUGCGCAUGCUGCAGGGUGGUGGCCAAGUCCUUUAUGCCAACUUCAACCAUUCGCUGAAACAGCUGGUGACCAACAGCGAAUUCGAGCGGCUGGUCUUCACGGAUGGGAAGCCUGCAAUCUCCGGCUUCGUCGACCGAACCACAGAGGUAUCCUUCAAGUCCGUCACGGCCAACAUGUUCGUGCUGGUGCAGAUCAGCUCGGAGUUGUGGGAGUAUAGCAUGGCCGGCAGACCAUAUUGGGAGGCCUUGAUCGAAUGCUUCACCCAACUGGUUGAGAAAUCGCUACGGGUGACCAGAGGAAGCGGGCACUAUGUGCGCAUGAUCCUCUUCACCCGAUCGAAAGGAGUUGCCAAGUCAGAUGCAGAGGCAAAAGGAGGCAAUUGGCUGCAAGUCGAGCAAGACACAUAUGCGAAGCCCAAGAACAAGAUAGAACCGAAGGACUUCUAUGAUGUUUUCUGGGAGGGCUGGGCACGUGUGCUCCCAGCAGGUCAGGAGCUUGCUGUGAGGAUUCGGCAGGUUUGCAUGUCGAUGCACGAGGAGUACCACGGCAUCAAGAAUGCGAACAGCACCUCUUCCGGACCGACAGGCGGCGCCGACUGGAGUGGGGUGUCUGCAAGAUCCAUGACAGAGGCGUCGAAAGGCAACAUCCUGGAGUGCCUCAAUCUGGUCCUUGACCAUUUCGACAGGCACUACCUGGACCGGAUGCUUCGCUCAACCGGGCAGGCCAUCAUUCUGCUUACAGCAGGCAAUGGCCUCAUCGAUGCCGAAAGGCAGUUAUACCAGCUCUCGCACAGUCGCUUUCGGCUGACUAAGCCGGUCAUUUGUCAUUUCGUGUCUGUACGCAGUCCACCAUUGCACCCAGUUCCUUGGGUUUCUUGGCCUGGCUGCCCAGUUGGGCAGCGGCGAGUCCCAGAAGACAAGGAGUUGCCACGUUGCCCCACAUGGAUUCAGAUGAGCUUCUAUCCAGAGGUCAGCUUUAGCCCGUGCCUGUCCGGCGCGGGUGGUGUAAGAUCGUCUUUGCUGCCAAUGCUGUACUUCGAACGUCAUGCGCAUGCUGCACCAUCGUGGAUCCCAAGCUGGAGCCAGGAUGGUGUACCGCCGGUCGUCAGCAAGAGCUUGCAGGAAGACGACCACUACGCAAGGAAGGUUGCCUGGGCUGACAAGGCGCUGUGGGAUGAGUUUCGUGCUCCCGCCUUGCGCUCAUUCUUCAAUCGUGCGUUACCAGAAACAAGCACACUUGUGCUGCCAAAGGGCUCAUCCUACACGGUCUCUCCAAGCCGCUUCGACUCUGCAGACGUCGAGUCUGAAAAGAUCCGCGCACUGCACGACCUUGUGGGCCUUCGUCUGGAAGUCAUUCCUGGGGCACAGCUCUACGAGUGGGACGAGAAGGUGGAGAACAGUUCGAAGCUGAGGAUGGCUGUGCCCUGUCCUCCUCAAGCAGACGCCGACGCGGAAGCAACAUCUGGAGAGGAAGACAUGCUCAUCCACGGGGAGCUUGUACCCACCUCCUUGAGACGCCUCGUGGUGCGCGCAGCCGGCACACAAUGGCACUUCGAUCCUCAGACAGGAGAGGAGCCCGUGGAAAUCCACGAGGAGCAAGAGGAAGAGCACCAGCUGAUGCAUGAGUACCGUUUCUAUAUUCGCCGGAAUCUGGUGCGGCAGCAGCUGGCUCAAUCUCGUAGCAUGCUCGGAGAGGCUUCGCCCAAGCCUCGGGCCUCGUCGGCGACCUGGGCUCCCGGCCGAGUGCGUUUUCAUGCGCCAGCCCAGCCCGACUGGAACCGAUUGGAUGCAGUGGUGGCUGGUGGUCUGCGCAUGCCACCGGCGCUGCCGUAUCCGGUGAAAGCAGGACCUGAUGGACAACGAGCCCAAGACCCGUGCGUAGGUUGGAUGCUGCGCAGCGCUCUCAAGCAGAACCUCUUCGUGCUGAAGCCUCCCAGCACGGGCUCACAUGCGCAAAUUUUCGAGCAAGCCGUGGAGCAGUUGAACGGAAGGUUUGGAGUCGGCACAGACUUUUUCUUGGUGCUGCAAUCCAGCGGGAGAACUGUUCUUCCGAAAGACGUCAGACAACAGACUCUCGACAACUUCUCCGCUUUCAAGGCAGACCUGGAGGAUUUGUGUUUUGGAAGAAAAGACGCUACGAAGCAGCCUUUGCCGUCGCCACGUAGCUCGGUGCCCACGGAUGAUGGUGGUCUGGAUAUCAGCGAGGAUUCUACCGGCGCCUCUUUUCUGGUCAAACGCGGGUGCAGCACUGUGUACAUAAGGGACACAACCCUGCAAACCGCAUUCAAGGGCAGUCGUGAUUGGUUCGAGCUUUUUUACGACGACGUAUUCGCUCCACCAAAGCUCUUCAACUUUGUAAUCCAGUGGCUUGUGUGCUCUUCCACUCAUAUGGUUCACUUCGUCACGUCCUUUACCCGCAUUGCAGAGAAGCACGGCUUUACGCUCAUCCGGAUGCCGAUUGCACAGCUUUUCCCUCCGCCUGCGCCAUACUGGGUCUUCUGCAAUUUCGACAACGACCGGGAAACUGACUUCGACCGCCUGGCGUUCUACCCCAGGCGAAAGAUUUCGCUUCCGGAUUGCAGCGGGGAUCGCACCGAGCUGUUCACGAAGCUUUUGCGUGCCUGGCUUGCGCCGCCUCUGGACUUCCACUUCGUUUAUGCCACGCAGAAUGUGGCUUUCGAGGUGGAAGAAGUGAAGGCACCGCUCCGCGAGAAGAGUCGCGAACUUUUUCAGAGGACGAAGGGCUGGAUUCUCUGUGAUCCAGAUGGACUUUGCCUUGUUGCACUUCGCGAAGAGACGGCCUACUGGUAUGAAAACCGGUUGCUCCUUUCCGAUGCUCGCGAUCCCGGCGUGCACGAAGAGAAGCUUGAGCGAAUCGAGGCGCUCCGGGCCAAAUUCUACGAGCGGACAGACCAAAUUCUGCAAGAGGAGCAGUUGCGACCAGGGCGCAAACAUCGACGUCCAAGGUUUCUCGCCAGCCCGGCUCUGAAAGCAGAAUCACAAGAGCUGGUGUUCAUGGAAUACGAAGAGUUUUUCGGUGAGUCGCAGACUUCGCAGCCUGCUGUCGUCAUCAAAGAGGACUAUACCCUUGCGGCCGUUUUUUCUGCAGUGGGCAUCGCGCUUUGCACACUGCCAUACCUGGGGUUUGGGCUCGGCGCACUCAUCACUUUGUUGGGCAUCCUCUUUUUCGUCCAGGCUGGCAGAGUCCGAUUUGUCUUUGACAACGAGGCAUUCGAGCUGCGCACCCUCGGGAACGCAGAAGAGUUAGAAAAACCAGGAGAAAACAUCGUCGUGGGUGGCCAGAAUCGCUGGAAAUAUUCAAGCUUCGUCAACUGGGAGUUCUUUCCGAAGGGAUUGGUCGAGAAGGGCUUGCCACCUAUCCUGGUCUACUUCAAGGAGACCCAGACGCCAGAUACGGAAUGGAGCACAGGACCUGGAGCAGCCGCGAACUCACCGGAGGCUCUCGAGAAGGGGGCUGUGCCGGGAAUGGUACACUUCUUUCCUUGCAUCUGUGAUGCUCAGCAAAUCAAAGCCGAGUUUGAGCGCAGAGGUUGCAAGAAGCUGUAG